AUGGCUGGCACCGAGGACUCCAUACUUCUGUCAUCCGGCGGCGCCGUGUACGGCCAGCGUCUGCCCCACACUUUCGGCGGACGCUUCAGCUGGGCGGGCCAGCGCUACGUUGAGCGCAGCGUUCGACUAUCCACGCUGACCGAUGUGAUGUUGAGUGGGAACGAGGGUGUCAUCACCAAGGGGUGUCAGAUCUUCGUGCCCUACUACGACAAGCAGGUGCCGUGGCAUGAGAAUCUGCCGACCGCGGCUGUGCCAGCCGAGCCGGUUCGAUGGCUGCCAGUCGCGUUGUGGCUGCUGGUCAUGUUCCCGGCGAAUUUCUUCAGCUUCCUGGUGGAUGAGUUGGCUCGGCUGGCCGUUUGGCUGACUGUGAGGCAACAGCGCAUACCCUUGCUGGUUCCUGCAGACCGCGGGCAGCUGAAGCCCUUCAUGUACGACUGGCUGACGCUGCUUGGAGGUUUCGAAGUGAUACCCUACGAUGUGCGGCCUCAUUUCAUGGGCCCCGCGCGCGUGGCGGAGCCUCGCUUUCUCGUCCACCAGCUGCACAUGGUCGACUGGCAGGAUGCACCGGGUACCUCUCGGAGGGAGGAUGUGUUCCUGCUUCCCCCUCGCUGGGCGCUGCAACGGCUGCGUGACCUGGCGACUUGGCGCGUCUUCGGCUCUAGCCCGGCUCCUGCUGCGCCAGGAGGUGGUAAGAAACUGCUCUGGAUCCAGCGUGCCGUGGCCACCACGCGCCGGGUAGCCAAUGAAGCCGAACUCUUGCACGCCAUGAUGGGACUUCUUGGCGAUGGCUGGGUUCUCCAGAUCUUCUCGGACAGCCCUUUGCCGAGUGCACGAGAAACCAUGGAGCUUUUCCACUCGGCCGACAUCGUGGUGGGAGUGCAUGGGUCUGGUCAAGCCAACGUGGUGUUCUGCCGCCCUGGCACGGGGAUCAUUGACAUCAACUUGCCUGAGCCACAUUCGCAGUACACGGCGCACAACAGCUAUGCUCUCGGCUUCCACUACCGCCUGGUCAUGCUCCAGGGUGUUGGGCUUCAUCAGUCGCUCAACAUCACACUGCCAGUUCGUGACGUCCUUGAUGUCCUGCGCGCCUGCAUGUUCAACCUGCAGAUGUUGAAGCUUUGGCUUGCCACUUGGGCCAUCACGCUUGCAGACGAGCUAGACCUCCUGAGCGAGGAUGCUCCGAAGAGUGCCAUCUUUCACUCCGCCAGCUCCGUGGCCAGCGCAGCCAAGCCGAAAUUCGCCUCCAUGAGCAUGGUUUGUGAGAUGGCCAAGAAGUAUCCCGGUCAUAGUUCUGAGCCGGGCACAGAAUGUGCCACACCAGCAGCAUGCCCGCAAUGCAAUGGCGUUUGGUGCGAUGGCGCUGUGAAGUCCCUGUUGCAGACGCAGGCCCAGAAUGAGACCGAUGCGUACCCCUUGCAGAACGACAACGAGACCGCCAAGACAUGGCCGAUGACGGAUGCAGCCAGCGGUUUCUGCGCCUACCCGAGUGAGCGAAGUGAUCCGAUGCUCGGGAGUGACAAGUUGGGUGCAGCCCCCACAGAUCCGGAAGAGAUCUUGAAGGUUUGCGAGAUGGCAGAGAAGUACGAAGGACAUAGGGCAGUCCCGGGCACGGAGUGUGCUUCUCCAAGCACUUGUGGUGGAUGCAAUGGCGUGUGGUGCAACGGCACUGUGAAGUCCCUGUUGCAGACGCAGGCCCAGAAUGAGACCGAUGCGUACCCCUUGCAGAACGACAACGAGACCGCCAAGACAUGGCCGAUGACGGAUGCAGCCAGCGGUUUCUGUGCCUACCCGAGUGAGCGAAGUGAUCCGAUGCUCGGGAGUGACAAGUUGGGUGCAGCCCCCACAGAUCCGGAAGAGAUUUUGAAGGUUUGCGAGAUGGCCGAGAAGUACGAAGGACAUAGGGCAGUCCCGGGCACGGAGUGUGCUUCUCCAAGCACUUGUGGUGGAUGCAAUGGAGUGUGGUGCAACGGCACUGUGAAGUCCCUGUUGCAGACGCAGGCCCAGAAUGAGACCGAUGCGUACCCCUUGCAGAACGACAACGAGACCGCCAAGACAUGGCCGAUGACGGAUGCAGCCAGCGGUUUCUGCGCCUACCCGAGUGAGCGAAGUGAUCCGAUGCUCGGGAGUGACAAGUUGGGUGCAGCCCCCACAGAUCCGGAAGAGAUCUUGAAGGUUUGCGAGAUGGCAGAGAAGUACGAAGGACAUAGGGCAGUCCCGGGCACGGAGUGUGCUUCUCCAAGCACUUGUGGUGGAUGCAAUGGAGUGUGGUGCAACGGCACUGUGAAGUCCCUGUUGCAGACGCAGGCCCAGAAUGAGACCGAUGCGUACCCCUUGCAGAACGACAACGAGACCGCCAAGACAUGGCCGAUGACGGAUGCAGCCAGCGGUUUCUGCGCCUACCCGAGUGAGCGAAGUGAUCCGAUGCUCGGGAGUGACAAGUUGGGUGCAGCCCCCACAGAUCCGGAAGAGAUUUGA